AUGAGUGGGGGCGUGGGCGGCACGAUGCAGGGAGACGAGCACGUCUUUACCUGUGUGACAUGCAGUGUUGCAUUCUAUAGCCCGGCGGAUCAGCGCGAGCAUUUUCGCUCGGAUUUGCACCGCUAUAAUAUGAAGCGCCGUGUGGCGAAUCUCGCGCCGGUCUCGGCCACCGUCUUUAACGAAAAGGUGCAGGAGCGCCGCACCGCGCUCGAGAACGUUGCCAAGGAGCCCGAGGCGACGGGGCGGUGUGCGGUGUGCAGCAAGUCGUUUGCGUCGCAGAACGCGUACCGCGAUCACCUGCAGUCCAAACGCCACAAGGAGAACGAACGCAGGGGACCGAAGCAGCCGAGCACGUCCAAGGCACAGACCAUGGAUGUGUCGGACUUGCGCGAGGCGCUCGAAGAAGACGAGGAGGACCUCGAGGGUCUCGAUGAAGAGGCGCGCAUGGAGCGCAUCAUCGAAAAGAAGCUCGCACGCGCCCGCCGCAUCGAUCCCGCGGCGGAGUGCAUGUUCUGCUCGCAGCCCCAAACGUCGCUCGAUGCGUCGGUGGAGCACAUGCAGGGUGCGCACGGCUUCUUUGUGCCGGAGCGCAAGUACCUCGUCGACCUCGACGGCUUCCUGCGCUACCUCGCCGACAAGGUGGCGGUGGGCAACACAUGCCUGUGGUGCUCCAAGACCUUCCACGAGCUGGGCGCCGUGCAAAAGCACAUGACGGACAAGUCGCACUGCAAGGUCGCGUACGACUCGCAGGAGCAGCAGCUCGAGUACGCCGACUUUUACGAUUUCCGCAGCAGUUAUCCGGACUACCAGCAGAAGCAAGAGGCUGCGGAUGGCUGGGAGGAUGUUGACGAGGACGGGGACGAGGACGAGGACGAGGACGAGGACGACGAGGCGGUGUGGGAUGACGGAGACAGCGACGAGGAGGACGUGCCGGAGAAUGCGAUCCGGUACGGCGACUCGGAGCUCGAGCUGGUCCUCCCGUCCGGCGCGCGCCUCGGCCACCGUUCGCUCCAGCGCUACUACCGCCAGUCGUUCUGGCAGACGCCGGCGGCACAGUCGCAGAGCGCGACGGCCUCGAACGGCCGCGCGCUUGCACACCGCCUCGCGGGCACGGACCGUAUCGUGCCGGGCGACUUGGUGGUCGGAAACCGCCACGGCCAGGAAGUCGUCGCGCGCAACCGCGGCGAGGCGAAGGAGGCGACGCGCCACCUGCGUGAGUUCCGCGACAUGAAGCGCCGUGAGCAGUUCAAGACCAAGGUCGGUUUCCGGCACAACAACCAAAAGCACUUCCGCGACCCUCUGCUGCAAUAG